ACUCGCUCUCGACAUCAUCUCCUCCGCUGAGCCUGCUGGAAGUUGUGACCUUCCACCCACUCGUAGACGUGCUCCGAGUUUAUUUUGGCCAGUGAACACUGCACGGGACGGUGGGUAGCCCGGGGUCUCUCGAGGUAGAAUGGAAAGACAAAGUCACAGCCAGGUCCAUAUCCAGUUGGAGGGGACGACAGUGGAAUGAGGUUUGAGUGAUGUUGAUCACAACUCGAGCAAGACGAGGCUGAGGUUGACAUUUUGAUAAGUCUAUGCUUGGUUUAUUUAACCUGCACCAUGGCUGCAUCUAACUCGACGGCAGCCGAGUAUAUGUAUCCAGAGAUUGAAUUGUUUGUCAAGGCUGGUGGUGAUGGUGAGAGCAUUGGGAACUGUCCUUUCUCCCAGCGGCUCUUCAUGAUCCUUUGGCUAAAAGGCGUGAUAUUUAACGUCACCACAGUUGACCUGAAAAGGAAGCCGACUGACUUGCAAAACCUGGCCCCCGGCACCAACCCUCCAUUUUUGACCUUUAACGGAGAAGUCAAAACUGACGUUAACAAGAUAGAAGAAUUCCUGGAAGAAAAGCUGGUGCCACCAAGGUAUCCGAAGCUUUCCGCCAGGCAUCCGGAGUCUAAUUCUGCGGGAGUCGAUGUUUUUUCCAAAUUCUCAGCGUAUAUUAAGAACACCAGCAAAGACACAAAUGACAGCUUGGAAAAGGCCUUGCUGAAAGCGCUGAAAAAAUUGGAUGAUUAUUUGAACACGCCUUUACCUGAAGAGAUCGACACGAAUAGCACAAAGGAAGAAUCUUGUUCAAUGAGAAAAUACCUUGAUGGUGAUGCCCUGACUCUGGCAGACUGCAAUCUACUGCCAAAGCUGCACAUUCUCAAGAUUGUGGCAAUGAAAUAUCGCAAUUUUGAGAUCCCAAAGGAAAUGACUGGGAUUUGGAGAUACCUAAGAAAUGCUUACGAGAGGGAGGAAUUUGUAAAUACGUGCCCCGCGAAUCGUGAGAUUCAGAUCGCGUACCUGGAUGUAGCAAAGAGAAUGCAAUAAACUCAUUUAUAAAGCUUG